AUGUCCCGCUUUGUAAAAAUUGGGUCUUCAAUUGUGGGAAUAACCGCCUAUUCAAUGCAUAAUUCUUCCUCUACAUCGAUUUAUAACGAAUCUUCCAAGAAGCGUAAUUUUUACGAGGACGACAAAGAAAUAGUACCAGUUCCUGGUACCGUAGUGCCAUCUUCAGGUACCGAAUUACAAGCUUUGGGCCAAAAUAGAUUAAUAGACGGGAUCUCUGUUCGUUCCCCAGCCUCAUUAGAGUCAUUUUUCAGAUCAACAAGGGAAUCGUUGACAUCUUUAUACACCCAAUCAUUACAUUACUUAGAUAACGGAUAUGAAAAGUAUCACAAAACGGAAGAACAGCUAACCUCCACAGUUAGCGAUUUACAUGCUAAGCAUGAAGACCUUUUACCGAAUGGUAUAUAUGUAAUUAUCGCUGCAUUACUGGGUAAUAUCUUAGCACGCCAAAGAAAUAUUGUAGCAAAGGUAACGUUCCCGAUCUUUUUCGGGUUAGUAGGUUUCAAGUACUUCCUUCCAGAGACUUUUGGAAGAACUUCAAAUUUCGCAUGGAAGUUGGAACAAAAGAACUUACCCCAAUUAGCAGAGGGUCAAACAAUUGCCGUAAAUAAGAGUAAAGCACUUGUGGAGCUGUUGGAGAAUACUGCUGUUGAUGGCCAAUUGAAGUUAGACAACGGUGUAAAAAGUUUAAGAAAGUCAAUUGCUGAUAUUACAGGAUUGAACUUGGAUGAAGAAGUAAGCAAGAAGUAA